AUGCUCAUGGGGUUCGCCUCUAUGCCGCCUAAGAAAAAGAAUGUCGCAGCAACUGGUCGUUCUAGCGACGUUACAGAAAGUUCUGAGUCUGGGGAUUCUAGGUCUGAGAAUGAACCCUUGAGGACUUGGACAAACCGAAGGGGUAACGCUGACAAUAAUCAGCCAGAUGUGAUAAGCUUGAUGCAGCAAUUGGUUGGGGUUGUGGAUAGGCAACAGAGGUUCCAGGAGAAUCGUGCUGGGUAUAGAAGUGGUUUGACGGAUUUUGUCAAGCUCGCUCCACCCUUUAAAGGUAGCUCGAUUGAUCCAUUAGAUGCUGAGAAGUGGAUCAAGGAGAUUGAGAAGGCCUUUGCGGCUCAGGCAGUAUCUGAUGAGCAGAAGAUUCCUUUUGCAUCGUAUCAGUUGAAGGGAGUUGCCAGUGAUUGGUGGCAAUCUGUUGAAAACCUUUUGGAGAAACCAAUUUUGUGGGAUGUGUUCAAAAGGGAGUACUACAAGAAGUAUUUCCCUAAUAGUGUGAGACUUCAGAUGCAAGGGGAAUUUUAUUCACUCAAGCAGGGUAGUAGAACUGUUUCUGGGUAUGAGAUGGAGUUUAGUCGACUGAUGAGGUUUGCUCCUGACUCCUUUAAGAAUGAUGAUGUGGCGAAGGCUCAAAGGUUCCUGUUUAGGCUAAAUCCCAGACUUCAGCAUGAGGUGAAAUCUUUCGAGUUGACUACAUACUCUGAUGUGGUUAAUAAGGCAAAGUUGUUGGAGGAAGGUCAUGAGCUGAUUGCAACCUCAGAAAAUAAGAAAAGGCCUUGGACUGGAAAUUCUAACUUCCGUGGACAUAAUGUUGGAGGUGGGGGUAAGAAGCAGCAAACUGUGCAAACAAAUAACAGGGUUCAGCAGAGUAGUGGAGGCAAUUGUUGGAGGUGUCAUGGGAAUCAUGACCCUAAGGAUUGUCGUUGGUUAUCUGGAGCUUGUCUGAUUUGUGGCGAGAUGGGACAUAGGGCUGCUUCUUGUUCUCGUGCAAGACCAACUAUUGGGUUUUGCUAUAAUUGUGGACAGAAAGGGCAUAAGUCAUUUGAGUGUCCUCAGCCUAAGAAGGGCGCUAGUGUGGGCCAGACUUCUACUCCAGCAGCUGCUAAGAAUGGGAACCAGAAGCCUAAGGUUCAAGGAAGGGUGUAUUCUCUUACUCAGCAAGAUGCUCAGGCAUCUAAUACCGUGGUGACUGGUAUGGUUCUUGUUUCCUCAGUUUAUGCUCUUACAUUGUUUGAUACUGGUGCUUCGCAUUUGUUUGUAUCCCCUGCUUUUGUUGAGAAACUUGGUGUGAUAGUAGAACCCUUGGACUUUGAAUUUGUUAUUGAUACUCCUACUGGAGGUGAUGUACUUGUCAAUCAAGUAUGCAAGUCUUGCAUUGUUGUUAUUGAGGGUGUGAGUUUACCUGCUGAUUUGGUAGUUUUAGAUAUGCAUGGAUUUGAUGUGAUUCUUGGAAUGGGUUGGUUAGACAAAUAUUAUGCUAUUUUGGAUUGCCAUAGGAAAAGGAUAGACUUUCGCAUCCCUGAUUUUGAAGAAUUUAGUUUUGUUGGUAGCCCUGCUAAAUCUCCUCCUAGAAUUGUUUCUAUGCUACAAGCUAGACGUUUGUUGAAAAGUGGAUGUUUAGGUUUUCUUGUUUCUGUCCAAAACAACCUGGAUGGUGAAUUGCCUAGUUUAAAUAGUAUUCCUAUUGUACAAGACUUUUCUGAUGUCUUUCCUGAGGACUUGCAUGGUCUUCCACCAGAUAGAGAAGUGGAGUUUUCUAUUGAUUUAAUUCCAGGCACUACACCUAUUUCUAAAACUCCUUAUAGAAUGGCUCCAACUGAGUUAAAGGAACUGAAGGAGCAGUUGCAAGAGUUGUUGGAUAAUGGUUUCAUCCGACCAAGUGUUUCUCCGUGGGGUGCUCCUGUUUUGUUUGUGAAAAAGAAUGAUGGUAGCAUGAGACUUUGCAUUGACUAUCGAGAGUUGAAUAAGGUAACGGUGCGUAAUCGGUAUCCUUUACCGCAUAUUGAUGACCUUUUCGAUCAAUUAAAGGGAGCCCAAGUUUUCUCUAAGAUUGAUCUUAGGUCUGGCUAUCACCAAUUGAAGAUUAAGGUGGAGGAUGUCCCUAAGUCAGCUUUUCGAACCAGAUAUGGGCAUUACGAGUUUCUUGUUAUGCCAUUUGGUUUAACUAAUGCACCGGCUGCUUUCAUGGAUUUGAUGAAUAGGGUGUUUAAGGAUUAUCUGGAUAAGUUUGUAGUGGUCUUUAUAGAUGAUAUCUUGGUGUACUCUAAGAGUAUGGAGGAGCAUGGAGAGCAUUUGAGGUUAGUAUUGCAAAUUCUCAGAGAAAAGAAGUUGUAUGCUAAGUUUAAGAAGUGUGAGUUCUGGUUGGAUAGUGUGGCAUUUCUUGGACAUGUAGUGUCUAAAGAUGGAAUCUCAGUAGAUCCUGAAAAGGUGAAGGCAAUCGUAGAAUGGAGUCGACCUACUAAUGCUACUGAAGUUAGAAGCUUCCUUGGGUUGGCUGGUUACUAUCGGAGGUUUGUGGAGGGAUUUUCUAGUAUUGCAAUGCCGAUGACUAAAUUGACCAGAAAAGGUGCUAAGUUUGAGUGGACUAAGGAAUGUGAGAAAAGUUUCAAGGAGUUGAAGGAACGUCUCACUUCAGCUAGUGUUUUAACCGUUCCUGAUGGGAGUGGAGGAUUCACUAUCUAUAGUGAUGCUUCGAAGAAAGGUUUGGGUUGUGUCUUGAUGCAAAAUGGGAAAGUUGUGGCUUAUGCUUCAAGGCAGCUUAAACCUUAUGAGCGGAAUUAUCCUACACAUGACCUGGAGCUCGCAGCAGUGGUAUUUGCUCUCAAAAUCUGGAGGCAUUACUUGUAUGGUGAGAAGUGUGAGAUUUUCACUGAUCAUAAAAGUUUGAAGUAUAUCUUCACUCAGAAGGAGAUUAACAUGAGGCAACGAAGAUGGUUAGAAUUGUUGAAAGACUAUGAUUUAACCAUAAGUUAUCAUCCGGGAAAGGCAAAUGUUGUGGCUGAUGCAUUGAGUAGGAAGAAUCAUGGCAAUCUUGCAGCUCUUCUUACUUCUCAAAGGUCCAUUUUGGAUGAUUUGAGAAGGAUGGAGAUUGGAGUUAGGAAACAUGGCAUUGAAGGAAUGUUGGCUAGUUUGAGAAUUCAACCUAUGUUAAUUGAGAGGAUUAAGGAGGCACAAUUGGUUGAUUCAGCACUUCAGAAGGUCCGAGCUAAUAUUGAAACAGGUGCUCCGUCUGAUUUUAGAACCCAUGAUGAUGGUUCCUUGAGAUUUGGUGAUAGGUUAUGUGUUCCUAAUGAUGUAGAAAUAAAGAAAGUGGUUUUGGAUGAAGCACAUUAUUCUGGAUAUACCGUGCAUCCUGGUGGGACUAAGAUGUAUAGGGAUUUGAAGGAGACUUACUGGUGGAACAAUAUGAAGAGGGAGAUUGGUGAAUUAGCACAAUGUAUUGUAUGCCAACAGGUGAAAGUGGAGCAUCAAAGGCCAGCUGGACAGUUACAGCCGCUUCCAAUACCAGAAUGGAAGUGGGAGCACAUCACAAUGGACUUUGUUUCUGGGUUACCUAGAUCACCUCGAGGCCAUGAGUCAGUAUGGGUAAUUGUUGAUAGAUUAACGAAGUCUGCUCACUUCAUAGCUUUGAAGGUUGGUUAUUCAUUGGAGAAGUUAGCUGCUUUGUAUGUUCGAGAGAUUGUUAGGUUGCAUGGAGUGCCGGUGUCAAUUGUUUCUGAUCGCGAUUCGAGAUUUGUGGCUGAGUUUUGGGGAAGUCUUCAUAAGGCCUUAGGUACGAAGUUGAACUUUAGCACUGCGUUUCAUCCCCAAACUGAUGGGCAAUCAGAGAGAACCAUCCAAAUUCUCGAAGACAUGUUGAGGGCAUGUGCCAUUGAUAUGAAGGGUGCUUGGGAUGACCACUUACCUUUAGUGGAGUUUGCUUAUAACAAUAGUUAUCAGGCGAGUAUCCAGAUGGCUCCAUAUGAAGCUUUGUAUGGGAGGAAGUGUAGAUCGCCAGUGUGUUGGGAUGAGGUAGGUGAAAGAAAGCUUUUAGGCCCAGAAAUUGUCCAACAAAUAGUUGACAAGAUUCAAUUGAUCAGAGAACGUCUCCGAACUGCUCAGAGUCGACAAAAGAGUUAUGCAGAUAUUAGACGAAGGACAUUGGAGUUUGAUGUGGGAGAUCAUGUAUUCUUGAAAGUUUCACCAACCAAGGGAGUGAUGAGAUUUGGAGUACGUGGGAAGUUAAGCCCCAGGGCAGACUUGACUUACGAUGAACAACCAAUUAAGAUAGUUGAUCGUAAGGAGCAAGUUUUGAGAAGGCGGACCAUUCCAUACGUGAAAAUGCAAUGGCAUAACCACUCGGAGAGAGAAGCUACCUGGGAAUUGGAAUCGGAGAUUAAGGAGAAGUAUCCUGAAUUAUUUGAAACCAAUGGUACGUAA